GAUGAACAGUACGAUGUUAUCGUUCUCGGAACUGGCUUAACUGAAUGUAUUCUCUCUGGCUUAUUAUCUGUUGAAGGAAAAAAGGUCCUUCAUAUGGAUAGGAACGACUAUUAUGGUGGUGAAAGUGCCAGCUUAAACUUGACACAGCUUUAUCGAAAAUUCCGUAAUGGGCAAGAACCACCUAGUGAAUUGGGACGUGAUCGCGAUUAUAAUAUCGAUCUCAUUCCCAAAUUUAUGAUGGCCAAUGGAGAACUUGUCAAAAUUCUUACUCAUACCGAUGUUACACGUUACCUUGAAUUCAAACAAAUUUCUGGCUCUUAUGUAUAUCGUGAAGGACAAAUCUCUAAAGUUCCAGCUAGCGAAGGGGAAGCUCUUCGCAGCGAUUUGAUGGGAAUGUUUGAGAAGAGAAGAGCAAAGAAAUUCUUCGAGUAUAUGCAAAACUGGCGGGAGGAUGAUCCAUCUACUCACCAAGGCAUCGAUCUAAACGUUGAACCAAUGUCUAAAGUCUAUGAAAAAUUUGGUCUUGAACCUGGAACUCAAGAUUUUAUUGGCCAUGCGAUGGCUUUAUACUUGGAUGAAUCCUACCUUAACCGACCUGCUCGAGAAAGUUAUAACAGAAUCAUUCUUUAUAUUUCCUCUGUGGCUCGUUAUGGAAAGAGCCCUUACAUUUAUCCAUUGUACGGUUUGGGUGAAUUGCCUCAAGGUUUUGCACGGCUGAGUGCUAUUUAUGGUGGUACUUAUAUGCUCGAUAAAGCGGUCGAUGAAAUCGUCUAUGGUGCAGAUGGCCGUGUUUGUGGUGUACGUUCGGGUGACGAGGUUGCUAAGACAAAACAAGUUAUCGGUGAUCCGUCCUAUUUUAAAACUAAAGUCCGUAAAGUCGGAAAAGUUAUCCGCGCUAUCUGCAUUCUAAAACAUCCUAUACCUAACACUGAUAACGUGGACUCUAUUCAAUUAGUGAUUCCACAAAACCAAGUCAAAAGGCAACAUGAUAUUUAUAUUGCUAGUGUAUCUGAUAAUCAUUUUGUUUGUGCUAAAGACUACUACCUUGCUAUUGUAUCCACCAUUGUCGAAACAGAUGAUCCAGAGUCUGAAAUUAAACCUGGUCUUGACUUACUUGGUCCAAUUGUUGAGAAAUUUAUAAGUUUGUGUGAUCUCGAGGAACCUACUGAAGAUGGAUGUAAGGACCAAGUUUUUAUCUCCCGUUCCUAUGACGCCACUUCUCACUUUGGUACCGUGUGCGAUGAU